CAAGCACAUCUUCGAAGACUUCUGUUGCAUUGGUAUCAACGUUUUGCAUCUAGUUAACUACCGUCUGAUUUAACGUUUUCAUCCAUUUGACUCCAAUUCAGGAAAAUUUCAUGGCCUCUUUCUUGAAGCUUAAAAGAUGUUUCUAUCGAAACCCAACUCCUUCUUUUCAUUUUGUAAAAGUCCGUAAUCCAACUUCACAACAAAAAUGUUUCCUAACUGGAACGGGUAUCACAAGAUAUUCUUCAUCCCAUGACUACAUUAUCUGUGGAGCUGGAUCUGCUGGUUGUGUUCUUGCCAAUCGUUUGUCAGCCAAUGGUGAAAACAAAGUUCUUCUUCUUGAAGCAGGACCAAAAGAUUGGACGUGGAAGAUCCACAUGCCAGCCGCUCUUAUUUAUAACCUUUGUGACAAUAGAUACAAUUGGUAUUAUGAAACAGAACCUCAAGAGUUUAUGGAUAAUAGACGAAUCUAUCAACCCAGGGGGAGGGUAUGGGGCGGAUCCUCGUCUCUAAAUGCAAUGGUGUACAUCAGAGGCCAUGCUUAUGAUUAUGAUCGCUGGGAGAAGGAAGGUGCAGAGGGAUGGUCGUAUGCAGAUUGUUUACCAUACUUCAGGAAGUCUCAGAGUCAUGAACUAGGUUCAGAUGAUUACAGAGGGGGUGAUGGACCACUCAAUGUAUCACGCGGUAAAUCAAACAACCCUUUGUACCAGGCAUUUAUUGAUGCUGGUGUCCAAGCUGGUUAUCCCUUCACAGACGACAUGAAUGGCUAUCAACAGGAAGGAUUUGGUUGGAUGGACAUGACAAUUCAUAAAGGAGUACGGUGGAAUACAGCAAAUGCCUACUUGAGGCCUGCACUGAGACGUAAAAACCUUCGCACAGAGACAAGAACACUGAUAACUAGAUUGGUAUUUGAAAAGAAUCGUGCAUCAGGUGUUGUCUACCACAAGGGCAGUCAAGUGAAAUGUGCCCAGGCCAGAAAGGGAGUUAUCCUGACUUCUGGUGCAGUUAAUACACCACAGAUCCUAAAUCUGUCAGGUAUAGGAAAUGCAGAUGAUCUGAAGAAGCUUGGUAUUCCUGUGAAUGUUCACCUUCCUGGUGUGGGGCAAAACUUUCAAGAUCAUUUGGAGAUGUAUUUCCACCAGGAAUGUACUCAACCUUUAAGUUUGUAUCGCUCUCUCAAGUGGUGGAACAUGGUUCCAAUAGGUGUCAGGUGGUUCCUCACUCGUACUGGCCCUUGUGCCACUGCACAUCUGGAAGCUGGGGGCUUCAUUCGCAGUAGAGAGGGAAUGUCGCAUCCCAACAUCCAGUACCACUUUCUACCCUCCGCAUUUAAAGAUCAUGGUAGAGUGACAGUAGAGAAAGAAGCUUUUCAAGUACAUGUAGGCUCUAUGAGGGCAACAAGUCGUGGGUAUGUGAAGCUUAAGUCAUCCAGUCCAUAUGACCAUCCCAUCAUUCAACCCAACUACCUGUCUACUGAAGAAGAUCGAGUGGAAUUAAGAGAUAGUAUUAGACUCACGCGUGAGAUAUUUAACCAAAAAGCUUUUGAUCCAUUUCGUGGGGAAGAACUACAGCCAGGUGGCAAUGUCCAAACUGACGAAGAAAUCGAUGCCUGGGUACGACAAAAUGCCGACACUGCCUAUCACCCAUCAUGCACCUGUAAGAUGGGUUCCGAAGAUGACCCAAUGGCUGUCGUCAACAACAAAACAGAAGUGUUUGGAGUGGAGAAUUUGAGAGUUGUUGAUGCAUCAAUCAUGCCAAGUAUUGUCAGUGGAAAUCUUAAUGGACCAACUGUCAUGAUAGCAGAGAAGGCAGCUGACAUCAUCCUGGGAAAUCCUUCGUUACCUAAAUCAGAUGCACCAGUUUACAAGACACCAGAAAUAGGCCAGAGAUAAUAAAUGUUAUUCACUGGUGUUAUAAAUACAGUUAAGCAUCCAAACGUGAUUUCAACCUGUCUGUGUAAGAUGUAUCACAAGUUAAGAUGAUUGCCACCAAGUUUGAGUUGAAUCAGGCAAGGUUCCAGACUGAAAAAAAUGGCACUCGAUUAUUUUUUGAAAAAUGAAAAAAAGUAUACUUUCAGUAAUUAUUUAUUUGAAGUCACACCUGUUGUCACUUUAUGUUCAAAGAAGCUUGGCAGCCUUGUGGUGACAUCAAUAAUUACAGUAAGUUAACACUUAGUUCUUAUUAACCCAGCGGGAGGUCUGUAUGGGAGAAUCUUGACCGAGGUUGCCAGUACAGACCGAA